AUGUCCUUCUUCCACGUGGGUUUUUUUUUUGAUUUUGUGAUUCUAUUGUACUUUUGAAGCUUCCUUAAGAGUUUUUUGACGUAUUUUGACUUCCUGAAAAAAUUCCUUCCAACGAAAAAAAAUCAUCAAAAAAGCUUUCAAGAGCUUGUUUCCUACAAAAUUUCGGAAGUGCGGAAAACGAGUUCAAAAAAAAGUGACUGCAAAAUGGCCGUUGAGAGGGUUCCAUUUUGCGGCCUUUAUUAUGCCUUUCUUUCUUGGUGAGCUGAAAAAGUCCUAAAAAGGGUUAAAAAAAAAAGGGUGCAAAAAGGGUGCAAAAAGGGUCCAAAAAGGGUCCAAAAAGGGCGCAAAAAGGGUGCAAAAAGGUUGCUGAGAGGCUCGGCUAUUGAUGAUUUCCGAUUUUAUUACUGUAGCACAUUUUGGUUCAUACACAGUCACUGCUAAAGAUUAUUCUCAAUUUAAAAAACUUUUUGUUUCUAAAAGGGUCCAAAAAGGGUCAAUAAAGGCUGAUGAAAGGGUGGAAAAAGGCACUAAUAAGGAAACCGUUGCCAAACGUUUAAGAACAAUUGUUGGUCCAAAACGGGCGCUCAAAGGGCCUGUAAAGGGUCUUUCCGGCUUUGCCUAUGUACCUGAAAAAGCUUUUAUUUUUGAACCUUCAAUUUUUGAAAGUUGGCGAUCAACAAACUUGGCAAUUUUACAGUUUCAUAUCUCCAAAUUUUCAAGUUUUUGCGGGUAGAGACUAUGAGGAAUCUUUAGCUAGAGCUUUAAAGCAGCCUUUUUCCAACCUUUCAUCGGCCUUUCUCCACCCUUUUUGAACCCGUUUGAGAAACACAACAUUUUUUAAAUUGAGAAUAAAUUUUACCAGGGACUGUGUAUGAACCAAAAUGUGCUACAGUAAUAAAAUCGGAAAUCAUCAAUGGCCGAGAAUUUCAGCACCCUUUUUGCACCCUUUGUUACCCUUUUUGAACCCUUUUUAAACCCUUUUUGGACCCUUUUUGAACCUUUUUGCACCCUUUUUGGACCCUUUUUGGACCCUUUUUGAACCUUUUUGAACCUUUUUGCACCCUUUUUGGACCCUUUUUGGACCCUUUUUGAACCCUUUUUGCACCCUUUUUGCACCCUUUUUGCACCCUUUUCGCACCAUUUUUCGAGCCUUUUCAGCCGGCCAAGGAAAAAAGCUCAACAAAGGCCGCAAAACGGAAUCCUUUUAGCCGCCAUUUUGCACACGUUUUCCGCACUUCCGACACAGUGAAGUGUACUGACCAAUUUUCAAAAAAAUUCCAACAUAGGCAAAGUGGGAAGGACCCUUCACGGGCCCUUUGAGCGUCCGUUACGGAUCCGUCUGUUUCCGGAAAUUGUUCCUAAACGGUUUCCUUUUUACUGCCUUUUUGCGUCCUUUCAUCGGCCUUCAUCCACCCUUUUUGGACCCUUUUGAGAAAUACAAUUUUUUUAAAUUGAGAAUAAUCUUUACAAGUGACUGCGUAUGAACCGAAAUAAGCUACAGUAAUAACAUCGGAAAUCAUCAAUAACAGAGACUUUCAGAACCUUUUUGAACCCCCACUCUUUCUUCACCCUUUUCGCGGCCUCUCCCUUUUUUCGCCCUUUUAUGACCCUUUUUAACCCACCAAAAAUGAAAGGCUCAAUAAAGGCCGUAAAAAGGGACCCUUUUAGCGGCCAUUUUGCAGUCACUCCCUUUUUGCACCCGUUUUCCGCACUUCCGACUUUGGCAGUGAAAUCUCAAAGUCUAAGAACCUCCCUGAAAGGAACUUCAAACUCUUCCUCAUUUUUAAUGUUCUAGUCGUGGAUUACCGUCCUGAUCGAAACGUUUCUCGUAUUUUCCGCCUUCUACCAUUCCCUCCGGUUCACCCGCUGGUGGAAUGUCGUGAAUAGUGAGUUUUCCUGAUCAAAAAAUUUUCAAAAAACCCAAAGUUCAUUUUAAAAUGAAAAUAAUGAAUUUUUAGAAGGCGUUUCCACGGCCACCAGCCCCCGACACGUUCCCUCGGUCAAUGAGUACUAUGGAUUGGAAAAUAAAAGAUCGGCUUUGAAAAAAUCUAGCCGUUCCGUGGAAAAUAAGAAGGUUGAACAUGAAAAAUUCUUUAACUUUUAUCCAACUUUUCAAACUUCAGAGCUACGAAGAAACCCACGCAAAAGCUCAAUCGCCAUACGAUCGCCAUUUCUAUGGAGACCACGAAAUUUCUCCCAUCGCCCAGUAA